AAUCAAAUUCACUUUUCUCCGUCGCUCCAGUCCAGAAUCCAGAUAGAUAGAUUCCAUGUGAGCUUUGCUCGAAUCUUCAAUCUAUCCAGUGCAAAAAUGGUUGAUCCUUCUUCAACCUCCGCCGAUCACGCUUCCGAAUCCGAAGCUCCACUUCUAAGUACUGCAGACAUCGUUGAAGGAGUUGCAGACUACAAAGGCCGUCCAGUCCAAAGAUCAAAGUUCGGUGGAUGGAGAUCCGCAUCCUUUAUUAUAGGAGUGGAAGUUGGCGAGAGAUUUGCUUAUUACGGAGUAAGCUCCAACUUAAUAAGUUACCUGACCGGUCCGCUAGGUCAGUCAACAGCGACUGCUGCAGUAAACGUGAAUGCGUGGUCAGGAAUUGCUUCUUUGUUACCGCUCCUUGGAGCUUUUGUUGCUGAUUCAUAUCUCGGACGUUACCGCACGAUUAUCAUAGCUUCCUGUCUAUACAUCUUGGCACUAGGACUGUUAUCCCUCUCCGCUGUUCUAUCAUCCAUUGGCUUUUCAGAUUGUGGAACUUCGUCGAGUUCUUGUUCCCCUCCACUAGUUCAAGUUAUCUUUUUCUUCUUUUCAUUAUACCUGGUAGCUGUUGCACAAGGAGCUCACAAGCCUUGUGUCCAAGCUUUUGGGGCUGAUCAGUUUGAUGCACAAGAUCCUAAAGAAUGCAAGGAAAAAAGCUCUUUCUUCAACUGGUGGUAUUUUUGUAUGUGUGGGGGGACUAUGGUAACCCUUGUGAUUAUGAACUAUAUACAGGACAACAUGAAUUGGGGUCUUGGGUUUGGAAUCCCCUGUAUUGUAAUUAUCUGUGCACUUGUAAUAUUUUUGCUCGGGACAAGCACAUACAGGUUUGGUACCAGAACUGAUGAAAGAAGUUCCUUGGGUAGAAUUACUCGGGUAUUCGUCACGGCAGCAAGGAAUUGGCGAACUAAAUCUUCAGAAAUAACUAAUGAAGAAGAGGCUCAAGGACUUCUACCAUACCAGGGUUCUCAGAAAUUCAGGUUUGUUAACAAAGCGUUGCUAGCACCACCAGAUGGUUCAAACAAAGUUGAGAACACAUUCAGCAUCUACGAAGUAGAAGAGGCGAAGUCAAUCCUUAGUCUUCUUCCAAUAUGGGCCACAUGUCUUGCAUACGCCAUUGUAUUCUCGCAAUCCUCAACGCUUUUCACAAAACAAGGCGUUACAAUGGAUAGAUCAAUUGGUCCAAGCUUCAACAUACCAGCUGCUUCCAUCCAAUCCUUCAUAAGCCUGUCAAUUGUCAUCUUCAUCCCCAUCUACGACAAAAUAUUUGUUCCCAUAACAAGAACUAUAACCGGAAGGCUCUCUGGUAUAACCAUGCUCCAAAGGAUUGGAACAGGGAUCUUCUUAUCCAUCACUUCCAUGAUAAUUGCCGCUAUAGUGGAGAGAAAGAGGCUAUUGAUCGCUUUUCAAUAUGGUCUUAUUGACAAACCGAAGGAAACUGUUCCAAUGAGCAUUUGGUGGUUAGUACCGCAAUAUGUGUUGUUUGGAAUUUCUGAUGUGUUCACUAUGGUCGGUUUACAAGAGUUUUUCUAUGAUCAAGUACCGAGUGAACUGAAGAGCGUCGGUUUAUCUCUUUAUCUUAGCAUCUUUGGAGUGGGGAGUUUGCUGAGCAGCCUUCUUAUUUCUGUUGUUGAGAAGACUACUGGAAGAGAUGGGCAGGACAGUUGGUUUUCGAAUAAUUUGAACCGGGGACACUUGGACUACUUCUAUUGGCUAUUGGCUGGGUUUAGCACGUUUUCCUUUAUAGCUUAUGUGUAUUCUGCCAGGCAUUACAUUUACAUUCGAAGAAGUGCAAGCUGAAAUCGCUGAUUGUAUCAGGUAACUUGUAUAUCAACUGCUUUAAGUAUUUUUGUUGUUGUUAUUAUUAUGUUUGGAUUGGAAGUUAAUCUGUCAAUUAUUCUCUUAUUUGUGUCUGGUCUACUGUGUGAAGGAAAAAAACGUUCUUACACCAAAUUUAUAGCCGAAUUGUGCUUGAAAGUGUAGAUAUUUAUAGAAUACUUUGUGGGAGGCAUCGUCUCGAAUUAAGAUGAAUAAAAUGUAGUCUGUUUUGUUA